UGGUGCUGAUGAUUCCAUGAUGAAAAAAACCAGACUCCAUUCCUACCCUGAUUCUGCUGUGUGACCUUAGAUAAGUUAAACAAUGUCUCUGAGCUUUAUCCAUCCAUAUUCUUAUCCACCCAUCCACCCAUUCAUUCAGUCAAGAGAUAUUUGCUGAGCAACUAUUAGGAGCCAGGCACUGUGCUAGAUCUGGGGAUACAGCAACGAACAAGUCAGACACAAUCCCUGCCCACCUGGAGCUUAUGGUCUGGUGGGGGAAGUGAUUACAAGUGUGUCUGGCAGAAACAGAAGGCACCACAGGUGCUGCUGCUUCUGUAUAAUGUGGAUAAUACUGGUGCCCACACAGGGUUCAUUCAGUUUUUCCAGAACAUUUAUUUGAGCAUCCACUACAUGCAAGACACUCUGCUAGGUGCGGGAGAAACCCUAGUGAACCAGGCGGACAUAGUCCCUGCCUUCUGGAGCCUCACAGUCCUGAGGCUGAUGUAUCUGACACCUGCUGGGAACCUCCUCUGUUCACCGUACUUCUCCCUCCCAAUCCUGAAGAUGGAGCAGCAGCAGAAAGCAGACCUGUUACUCCUAUCGGGAGGAGAGGCUUUGCAAGGGGCCUCUAGGGAGCUCUUCCAGGCAUGCUCAGAACCAAGAGAUCACUGGGCCUGGGAGACCUAGAUAGCCCAAGGGUCUCUGGACUUUUUUUGCCAAGAGGGCCAAAAGAAGCCAAUGCCAAUGGGAAAUAUCUGCACAGAUGCCAGCUGCUUCCCCGGACUCCAGCUGUGGCUUUCCUUGAGAGACCAAGGUCCCUUAUGACCCCAGGGAAAGCCACACGUGUGUAUCAGCAAACCAGGGCAGCAUAUCUUGAGUUAAGGGACCACAUACGUAGACGUGCACCCAAUCCCCAUGCCUUUAUGUAAGAGCUUUAUGUAGGGAGUCCCUGGUGCAAAGCCCAGCCCAGUCCACGGUCAGCCCAUGGUCAGUUGUGCCUGGCUAGACCAUGUGCAGAUUCAUCUGUACUUUGACUCAGGUACAACAGAACAUAAAGAAAAAUAAAAUCAAGGGCCAAAGGCAAGAGUAAGGGAAAAGAAAGCAAAUUAGAAUUAAUCCUUUCAUCUCUCUGUUCCCUGUCUUUUCCUUUCCUUUUUUCCCCUUUCUUGUUUUUUAUAUCAGUUAAUUAUUCAGCUUAAUAUUCAAUAGACAUUUUGAUCAUGAAUUCAAUGCCCAGCAUUUUUAUAGGUACCAAGGAAACAGCAAGUAAUCAAAACAGAGCCCUUGCUGGUAGGGAGCUUAUGUUUAAAAGGGCAAUACAUUUACACAAUAAUUAGUGAAAGGUCAGGUAGUGACAAGCAUUUUGGGGAAAAAAACGAAUGGAGAAUAGAGCUGUGGAGUGUUACUUAUACAGGAUGGUCAGGGAAGGUCUCUGAUAAAUGAGGCUUACAGAAGUAAGAAAAUGAACCAGAGGGAUAUCUGAGGAAGAAUAUAUUAUAAGCAGGUGCAAAGGCCCUGAGGCAGGAUUUUUUUUACCUUUCCACCAAGGUUUGAUUAAGACUUGAACAGCCUUAAAUUUGAGGUCUCACUCACAGGAGAGGGUCUGAAGCAUGCAUAUUGUGGGGUUUUCCCAUUUGCUUACUCAGCAAUACUUCCUGGAUGCUGGUGAGAACUGCCAGGACAGGACCCCUGUCCACAAAGAUCCCUGCCUUCAGAGGCAGACAGAUAAGUUAGCAGGUAACUGAAUGUGACUGGAAUCAUCCCAGAGCAGCACAGAAGCAGAGAAGAGAAGCACCAGCAAGCCUGUGGAGUUUAGGAAAGGCUUCCUGGAGGAGGUGAAUCUGAAUGAUAGUGGGAGUCUGGGUUUGGUAUGAUCCAGGUACAGGGAACAGCAUAUGCAAAGGUUUGGAGGUGAAGGAGAGUUCAGAGAAGCACAUACUGGCCAGAGCACAGAAGGUGUGUAGAAGAGGUAGGAGCUGUGCACAGGGGUCCGAUCCCAGGAAGCACAGAGUGCCAGGAGUGAGGGAAAAUGCUAAGAUGAUACUGGGGUAUCUGCCUGCAGGGGUGAUAACAGAGCCAGAGGGGACAAGAAUGAAUGCAGGAGACCCAUCAGGCAGCUGUUAAAAUCAUCCUCAUAACAAGUGGUGAUGGCCUGAAUUAGGGCUGGUGACGUGGGUUUGAAGAAAAAGGAUAGAGUCAAGAAAUAGGAAGGUUGAGUGGUUAUGAUUUGGUGAUUAUUGGAAAUGAGAGGCUGACGUUUCUAGGUUGGGUGGUCAGAUGGGCGGCGGUGCCACGGAUUAAGGUAGAUAAUGCGACAACGAGGGAGAGAUUAAGGGGAAUUGAGGGGCUCAGAUCUGGACCUGCUGAACUCAAGGUACCUCAAGAAUCUCAGCCCAAGCAGAGGUUCAGCAGACAAUGAGGUAGAUGGAUCCAAAUUUCAAGGGUGUAGUUGGGGGUAGGGAUACAGAUUUGGGACUCACCAGUCUAUGGAUGGUACUUGAAACCGCAAGAUAACUUGACACCUUCCGAGGAGCAUAUAUGGAGUAACAAGAAAAAUAGGACCUAUCAGCAUUCUCAAGGACAGCUGGAAGAAGAGGAUAAAGCUAACGACAGAAUAGAAGCGCUGCAUGAAGGAGAGGCUGCUGGAAGGGCUUCCACUGGAGAGAGUGGGUGGCAAAGGUCCCUUCCUUCAUCAUCCUUGUGGCAACUUGCUUAUCUUAUCUAUACCCAACAAGUCCAGUAUAUGCCUGAGAGAUUAACUCUAGUCAUACCUCAGCACCAAUCACGGGGAGCCACGUGAAUGGGAAAUUACAAUAAAAGGCGGUCCACAGCAGACUUGCAUUCCCUCAGCUGGCCAGAGGAGGAGGAACCCUCUGUCUUCUUACCCCGAGAUAUUCACAGCUUGUAACCCUCCCCGCCAGCCAAUCUCCAAGAGCCUCUACCUCUACCUGAGUGGAAAUCAACCUGAAACCUUCAAGGCAUUCUGCAGUGCUGGCUCUAAGCUUGGCCUUUGGUUUUCUUGCUGUCAACCUCAUCCCCUUGCUGCAUGGAAAGUCUGCACGCUGCUGAGUAACCUGUGUGGCUCAGUUUAUGGACAUGAUGGCAGGCUCUUAUGUCCUGUGGCUGACCUUGACCUCCUGCAUCCUGACCCUGGCAUCUACAGAACAGCAAGGUUACAGAAACCUCACUGGCGCCAGUUCCAAUGGGCUGGACUUGGAAUGCGGGGCCCCUGGCACCCCAGAUGCCCACAACUGUUUUGACCCCUGCCAGAAUUAUACCCAGCUGGACCAACCCUUCCGAAGCACAGAGAACACAGAGGAAGAGCAGGGGUGUGACAGGGACAUGAAUGGCUGGUACCGCUUUGUGGGAGAUGGAGGGGUGAGGAUGCCGGAGACCUGUGUCCAAGUGUACCGAUGCCAAACGGCUGCUCCCAUGUGGCUGAAUGGGCCACACCCCACCCUCGGGGAGGGCAUUGUCAGCCGCACUGCGUGUGCCCACUGGAGCGACAACUGCUGCCUCUGGAAGACUGAGGUGCUGGUGAAGGCCUGCCCGGGCAAGUACCAUGUGUACCGGAUGCAGAGCACCCCCGAGUGCAGUCUGAGAUACUGCACAGACCCUUUGACUGCGGAGGACAAGUGUGACAAAGCCUGCCGUCCCGGGGAGGAGUGCCGACUUGUCAAUGGCACCUGGGGCUGCUUCUGCAGACAGGACUUCAAUGGCUCUGAUGUCCCCAGUUUGAAGCCUCAGCUGAACUGCGGGGCCGAGGAGAUCACGGUGUCAAUAGACAAGUGCCUGCUGGGAGGCCUGGGAUUUGAGGACGAAAUCAUUGCCUACCUGCGGAACCAGAACUGCAGCAGCAACCUGCAGAAAGAGGAAAGGAACUGGAUCUCUGUGACCAGUCCCACCCAGGCUGGUGCCUGUGGACACAUUCUGGAGAGAAAUGGAACCCAUGCCAUCUACAAAAAUACCCUCUCCUUGGCCAGCGAUUUCAUCAUUAGAGACACCAUCCUCAACAUCAAUUUCCAGUGUGCCUACCCCUUGGACAUGAAGGUCAGCCUCCAAUCUGCCCUGCAGCCCAUUGUAAGUUCUCUGAACUUUAGUGUGGGUGGGGAAGGAGAGUUCACUGUCAGGAUGGCCCUCUUCCAAGACCAGAGCUACACGUCCCCUUAUGAAGGGUCUGCUGCUGUGCUGUCUGUUGAAUCCAUGCUCUAUGUGGGCGCUAUACUGGAGAGAGGGGACACCUUCCGGUUUAACUUGCUGCUGAGGAACUGCUAUGCCACCCCCACUGAGGACAAGAAUGACCCUGUGAAAUAUUUCAUCAUCAGAAACAGCUGCCCAAAUCAACGUGACUCCACUAUCCACGUGGAGGAGAACGGGGUAUCUGCGGAAAGCCGGUUCUCGGUUCAGAUGUUCAUGUUUGCUGGAAACUACGACCUAGUUUUCCUGCAUUGUGAGAUUCAUCUCUGCGACUCCUUUAAUGAACAGUGCCAGCCGUCUUGCUCAGGAAGUCAGCUCCGCAGUGAAGUAGUGGCUAUCAACUCAGAGCGGGUUCUUGAUUUGGGACCCAUCACUCGGAGAGGUGCCGCAUCUCUUGGUGUCAUGAAUGGAAUGCCCAGCACUGCAGGGUUCCUGGUGACCUGGCCAAUGCUUCUGCUGCCGGUCCUCCUGGCUGGGCUGUUCUGAGAGCUCAGCUGGACAUCUGGCUUGCAGCUCGGCUUGUCUCUGGUGAUGGCUUCUAGUCACCCUUUGGCUCUGCUGGUUCCCUCUCCAAAUCACGAAGAUGAUCCUGGUGUUCACGACUCCAGGCCAGCCUAGGCUUGGGGAAAGGGAAGAGCUUCCCCUUGUUUAACACUCUCUGUGCCUCUGCAUUCAUUUUUCUCCUGCUGGGGACCCUGUCGGUAUGGCCUGGCCUGACUUCCUCAUUCAGUAACUGGAUCUUGAAGCAAACUUGCUAGAUGCCUCAGUGGCUCCAGCCUUUACUAGACGCGUACCACACUUUGCAAGUGUAACUCCAGAUUAGAGAGGCCAUGUCAUUGCGGGGAAGGGGAGAUGGAUGAGCUUGUGAAAAAGGCACCUCCCAUGGCUCCUUCCCAAGCACUCCCUGUCUGACUGCUGGUAAAUUGAACAGACUGACCUUUGCUUUCACCCUCU